UAAAACUCCUCCCAAGAAAGCCGUGUCCCGCUCACUGCUUCAGCCUCAAUACAAAUACAUGCAUCGGGAAAGAUACUUUCUGCAUGCAAACGUAUUCCCGUUUGAACGGCGAUCCGACACUCCCGCGUACCCCUCUCUCUCUCUCUCUCUCUCUCUCUCACUCUCUCUCUCAUCAGAUAACCGAUUGCAACAACUCUCGCCGCCACCAAUCCUCAUCCUCAUCCCCAUCCCCAUCGAUAGCUCCGCUCAAAAAGUGCAAAAAAGAAUCUCAACCAGAUCGAUCGAUUUUUAUGCGUUGUUCUCCGUCGAUGGAUCCAGACUCCGUUCCCGUUAGCCCUAACCGCCUCAAUUGAACCGAAAAACGAAUGUGUUGAGGAUUCAGAUCUGUAGGUCGCCGGCGAGCUGCAUUUGCGUGUUUUUCGACGUCCAGUAGCGCAGAGGUAUCGGAGGCGGCGAAGAAGGAGAAAGGUAUCCUUAAUUGAGUGAAUAUAUAAUGGAUAAGAAGAAGUAUCCGAUUGGAGCGGAGCAUUAUACGUUGUACGAGGAGGUAGGGCAGGGUGUGAGCGCUUCGGUUCAUCGCGCCCUGUGUAUCCCGUUCGACGAGAUCGUUGCCGUCAAAAUUCUCGAUUUCGAACGCAAUAAUAGUGAUCUGAAUAACAUAUCUCGUGAAGCACAGACAAUGAUCCUGGCUGACCACCCUAAUGUUCUCAAGUCACACUGUUCGUUCGUUAGCGAUCAUAAUCUUUGGGUCAUCAUGCCAUUUAUGGCUGGAGGUUCUUGUCUCCACAUAUUGAAGGCUGUACAUCCCGAUGGUUUUGAGGAGGUUGUGAUUGCAACUAUAUUGCGUGAGGUAUUGAAGGGCUUGGAGUAUGUUCAUCACCAAGGACACAUUCAUCGGGAUGUCAAGGCUGGAAAUAUUCUCAUUGAUGCAAAUGGUGCAAUUAAGCUUGGGGAUUUUGGUGUAUCUGCUUGCUUGUUUGAUUCAGCAGAGCGGACGAGAAAAACAUUUGUGGGCACACCAUGCUGGAUGGCACCCGAGGUUAUGGAACAAUUGCAUGGUUAUAACUGCAAGGCUGAUAUCUGGUCUUUCGGUAUUACUGCUUUAGAGCUAGCCCAUGGCCAUGCUCCUUUUUCAAAGUAUCCCCCAAUGAAGGUAUUACUCAUGACUUUGCAAAAUGCGCCUCCUGGUCUUGAUUAUGAGAGAGACAGAAAGUUUUCUAAGUCCUUUAAGCAGAUGAUUGCUAGUUGCUUGGUAAAAGAUCCUUCAAAGCGACCUUCUGCACAAAAGUUGUUAAAACAUUCCUUCUUCAAGAAAGCUAGAUCCAAUGAGUACAUAGCGAGAACACUUUUGGAGGGGCUCCCCGCUCUUGGUGAUCGUCUCCAAGCCUUGAAGAGAAAAGAACAAGACAUGCUUGCAGAAAAGAAAAUACCAGAUGGGCAGAAGGAGGAAAUGUCACAGGAUGAAUAUAAACGAGGGAUUAGUGGUUGGAACUUCAAUCUUGAAGACGUGAAGGCUCAGGCUUCCUUGAUCCAGGAUGAGGACACUCAAUCUGAAAAAGAACAAGGAGGAAGCUUAGUUACUGGUUCUGGCCUUGACCAAGAAAAGAAAUUUCAGCAUCAGUUGUCUUCAGUGAGCUACUGUUCACAAGUUUCUGAUCCAGAAGAUAACGACUUGAUGCAAAAUCUACCAUCUUGUUCGGCAGUCGACUCAACCAUGACCAACAACUUAACGAAGUAUGAGAAAUCUGAUGAUGAUGCGUACAUAGCUAGUUCAACCCAAGAACACCAAGUUUCUCAAAAUUCUUCUCCCAGUUUUGAUGAUAAUGUUGAAAAUAAUUUGGCUGGAAAACCUGGUUUGGUCGUCAAUGGAAGAAUCUUUGAUGGCAUGGCUGUGCAAGCUCAUCAGAGGAGGGGAAGUUCAUCAGGCAGUAUUGUAUUGCCAGAUGCCUGUUUUCUUCCUAGUAAAGGAGAGGGUGACAAAUCGCAAAAUCAGCUUCAGAAGAUCUCAAGUAGAAAUGGAGCUCCUAUUCUCCAGGUUGCAGACGAUGUACCUCCUGAAAUUCUGCCAAGAGAUUCUAGGCCAUUAGCAACAAAUGACGAGCAAGAUGAGAAAGCAAAGUGUGCAGUUGUUCAACAAAGGGGACGUUUUAAAGUCACAUCCGAGAAUGUCGAGUUAGACAAGGUAGCCCUGUCUCCCUUGCUACAAAAGAGUCACAGUAUGCAGGUGAUUACCCAACAUCCUUCCUUUCCUCUUCCACCACCAUCACCAUCAGAUCCUACACCACCGAAGCUUGUUGGCCAUUCCCUUUUUCCGAUGGUUCAGUCUGUUUUGCACACGAAUAUUCAUCAAAGGGAAAUUAUCCUAAGCCUAUUGAAGCAAGUCUCAGUCGGUGACUUUACAGUUGAUGGAGGAGGUCUACCAAUGAAUACAUCAGUUGCUGAAAAAUCACUGCUGGAGGCAGCUCAUGAUAGGGAGAAGGAACUACUUCACGAGAUAACUGAUUUGCAAUUGAGGCUAAUACGUGCCCAAGAGGAGCUUCAGAAGUAUAAAACUGAAAAUGCGCAGGUGUGAUUACUCUCCAACUGGCUUGAGAAAGAUCAAGAGCAAAAUCAUCAACCCCAGUACACUGACCAAGAAGAAAAAGAGUAAGGUGAUUACAGUUACUAACAGACAUGACUAUGUCUUUAGAUGUUCUGUCUUAUGGGUAGAUCUAUUUUAACUAUUAGUAGGCCAUGGCUUCGUAGCUCCCCUAAUAUGUGCAGAACGCUUGAUGAAGUUAUUCUUGUACAUAAUCCUCCAAUUAUCUUCUUACUUUGUGAUAUAUUAUAGUUAGACCUUUGUACUUUGGAUUGGAUUUUCUCUAGCACACAGAAACGUGAAUUUCUUCUAGGUUGUCUACGUUUUGAGUUCAUCUAUAAGUAAAUAAAUUUGUUCAUCUUUGUAUAUAUUUUGUGUGAGGUUGUCAUUUCAUGCCCGGAUAACUUUGGAUCUCUACAAGGAUGGAGAUGGUUUCC